GAGUGCACAUUGAUGCCAACUAUGUGUAACCACGGUUCGUGUCUCAACACACCCGGCAGCUUCGAGUGUCAGUGUAACCGUGGGUUCGUGUACGAUGUUGAAUCCCACCAGUGUAUCGAUGACAACGAGUGCCUGCGUAUCCCGAGUCCUUGCCGAGGCAACGCACAGUGUGUCAACUCCUCCCGGAAGUUUCGAAGUGCCAGUGUCCCGAGGGGUAUAAGCUCGGCAUGAGCAUGAGGGACUGUGUAGAUAUAGAUGAGUGCCUCGAGCGGCCUGGUAUAUGCGAGAACGGUGAUUGUAACAACUUCCAAGGCAGUUUCCAAUGCGUGUGUCACAACGGAUACCAGCUGACCGCAUCGCGCGAGACCUGCACAGACACGGAUGAGUGUACGCGACACCCGAACAUCUGUAAUAACGG